AUGAUGGGAGGCUACAUCGACGAAUGCGAGUCCGGCUCUGCCAAUUGUCGAGCCAACGAGCAUUGCAUCAACGCUCCGGGUUCCUACCGCUGCGAGCCCGUCUGUCCCCAGGGCUAUACAGUCGCGGGUCAACCAUCGGCGUCGGGUCGUGUCGAGUGUGUCGACAUCGACGAGUGCCAACAGUCCCAGACGAGGGCCAAGUGCCCACACGGCAGUCGCUGCGUUAACGAGCCCGGCGGCUAUUCGUGCCGAUGUCUGUCCACGGGCCAGGAGCCGAUUCACGGCGCCUGUUUGGGUGAGUUCAGUCUCGCUGUUUCGGGUUGCCCUAAACCGGGACCCUACCCUGGCAUUCACGAUUCUCCCAAGUGGGGCCCAACUAGACGCCUGUAG